GGAGGAGGAGGAGGAGGAGGAGGAGGAGAAAAAGAGGGCAGAUACCCAUGUAACUUGUUGCAUGUUCCCCUCAGUUUGGUAAUGACCAGUCCACUGCUCGAGACGCACCGGUGACGCACAAGGGGACACCGCUAUCCAAGAGGAAGCUUAUGUUAACGAAAGCAGAAGCGAGCGUGCGUCGUGAAGAAAGUUUGUCUGUGUUAAAAAGCGUGGAAAAGACAGCAGUAGACGCAGCAUGGCCGGGGGCUCUGUAUCCGAGUGUAAGGAGUACUUGUUUAAAGUCCUUGUCAUCGGGGAGUUAGGCGUGGGCAAAACCAGCAUCAUUAAACGCUACGUGCACCAGCUCUUCUCACAGCACUACAGAGCCACCAUCGGGGUCGACUUUGCACUAAAAGUCAUAAACUGGGACAGCAAGACGCUCGUGAGAUUACAACUGUGGGACAUAGCAGGUCAGGAGCGGUUUGGUAACAUGACUAGAGUUUACUAUAAAGAGGCUGUGGGUGCCUUCGUGGUCUUCGACAUCACCAGAGGCUCCACAUUCGAGGCCGUGUCCAAAUGGAAGCACGAUUUGGACAGCAAGGUGAAACUGGCCAAUGGAAAUCCUAUCCCAUCUGUGCUGCUGGCCAACAAGUGCGACCAGAAGAAGGAGAGCACCAACAACACGGCGCUAAUGGACAAUUUCUGCAAAGAGACAGGCUUUCUGGGCUGGUUUGAGACUUCAGCCAAGGACAACAUUAACGUGGACGAAGCUGCCCGUUUUUUAGUGGAGAAUAUCUUGGCUAAUGACAAAGGCUUGCCCUACGAGGAGAGCAAUGGAGACCGGAUUAAACUGGACCAGGAAACUGUGGCUGCUGAGAGCAAAUCGGGCUGCUGUUGACAUUCAUUUUAUUCACACUUCAAACCAGAGCACCUCCCCUCCACAACUUCCUACUCCAGAGGAACUGAAAACAAUGUGCUUUAUCCAAUGCUUUAUAAGGCUCUCUGCUCGAUGAUGCCCUUUCGGUAUUGUCUCUCUUGAACUUAAACUAUAGGUCACAAGGCAGCAGUUUGUUUUCAAAUUUCUUUUCGCAAACACUGUUAUCAAGAUUCAAACGUGUCUACUUUAGUAUUAUCUACUGCUCUGGACUGCUUUACUUAUCAACAUGGAAACACAAGCAACACUAGCUAAAAACUUUAAAUAUAGGACUAUUUUUCUGAACUUGUCAGCUUAUUCAAUGCCUCAACAAAUGUCAAUGGGAACUGCUGUUGACCAUUGUGUAAAGGCCCUGUAUCUGAUUUUGGACCAUGAGUGAAGGACAUUCAGUUUGAAUUUCCUUUUCUAAUUCUAAUGUUGCACAAGGAUAGAGAAACGAAUAGUGCCAGGCAGUUGUCCUGUGCUGUCUGCUUCAUACAUUAUGGUUCUCAUUCUCACACUGCAUUGCACUAAGGAUGUUUUCCUGAACUAGAAGAAAAUAAAGUCAGGUACAGGGCCUUUUCAGUGGUGGUGUGCCGUUUAGAGUUUAUACCAUAUUUUGUGUAGAGUAAGCCUAAGCCCAUUAAGUUAUAUAUCUUUUUUGGGUACCUCCAUGCAGUGUUUGUUCUUGACUUGAAGGUACACAGUUGGAAGCAAUACUGAAUUCUCUGCCAGUAUGAACAUAUGGGGACAUCUGGUACGUUUUUAUAUUGUGUUUAGUUGUUUUUUUUGCAUUGUGUAAUAUAAAAAUAAUAAGAAGGAAACCACUUUGUUGUACAUAGGGAUUGGAAUCAGUUAUUUGAUUGGAUAUGAAGGCUUUUUUUAAAAUUGGUGAGCCAAGAUUACACACAAAAUAGUUUAAAUCUUCAAUACAAAAAAUAAACAUUUUAACAUUUUUGUCAUCUGUUACCGAGAGUUGCAAAAAUGAAUUUUGUCAAUGAACAAUGGCGGAGAGAAACAUUACAAAUCAGAUAAGACAUUUUAGCUUUCCACAGCUUAAAUUUUACUUUUAAGACAUUUCUGAAAUAGCCUAUCAUAGGUUACUAUUGUAGGCUACUUUUGUAUAGCUAGAUGUGGAAGCACAACUCAGCCAGUGUGUGAGACAGACAGGACCAUGUGACUCCACUCACAAACGCAGUGUGAUAGUCAUCAGACUCUGACCUCCUCAUUGUUACUACACCAGAAUGUAAUGCCCAUUUUAUGUUGACUGGGCAAAAUAGCCUAAUGAUGUAAGUAAUCAUAAUAAAUGAUCUGUGGGCCAUACUGUGUGCUAUAUGUGAAAUAAAUGAUAAAUUAUUCUGGU